AUGCUUCAAAUCCUGGUCGCAAAGAAGCCCCUCGACCGCAAGGUCCAGGCUUCCGAGAUCCCUGGAAAGGAUGCCGAAAAGUCUGUUCGCGCGCUUGAAGACUUCGAGAUCGAGCAGGACCAGUCCUUUGAGGAUUGGAUCGAGAUCAUUGAUCACGCAGUGCCCAAGACACCUCGGGCUGUCGUGAUGAAUGCCAACAAGGCUAUCAACCAGGACUAUGUCGUCAUCACCAAGAACACUGAGUUGGACUCUAUCAAGAAGAAGAAGAAGAAGAAGGCUUCAGUCUCUGACGGCAUUGUCCUUGUCAAGGACCCCAAGCUCACCCGCCUCUCCGGAAAUGUCAAGAAGUAG